GUAGGUCAGGAGUUGUGGCUACUGCGGCGAUACGAUAUGGAGUGAUGCGUCGGUGGGCGGUGUAGCGAAUGUGUGUAACGUUACCGUGUGUGUAAUUAUCGCCGUCCUUCUGUGGAGAUUACGUGGGGCGAGCUACGGUUGACCAGUGAGUUGUGACUGAUGCCACCCGGAAUGCAACUGGUUUUGUCCGCAACUCUGUGAGGGAAAACUUCGUUCGCUCAAGAACGGGCGCAGACGAGUGUACAAGACUGUCCGCUGCUAUUGCUUCUGUCACGGAGUCACACUUACCUCUCAUAGCCGUGCUUAUACCAUAUACGCUAUCCCGGUUUAUAUAUAACCUGUAGCUUGGACCGCCUAGACCGCCUGAUGGUGAUGAUCGCGGGCCGUGGGUUGUGUGCUUACGUAUGUGGUGUGCGAGCGCGUGUACUUGGCUGUUGACCCGUCUUACCGCACCUGCUGGGCACGUGAAGAUUUAUGAGGUUGGUGGUGGUGGUGGUGGGUAUGCAGUCGCUCGCUCGCGUGAUGACUGUGGUGCUCUAGUUGCAUGUGAUCGGUGACAGUCACAGGUGUGGGUGGCCGUCGUUUAGACGCAUGAGAUGCAGCGCCGUAGAGGCGGAGAGCAAACACAGCGGCCUGUGACGUGCAGCUGUUACGCAUAGACCGCAAAUCUACGAUGUUAAAUUCCUACAGUGCUCUUUGAACACGCACGAGCAGACUGAAAGCCUAUCCCAUGUGUAUAUUGUGCGCGGCCAUCGCAGCCCUACACCUGCGCGGAUAUGUGAUAGUGGUGUGUUCCAUGUUCUAACCAGUUCGCAUGACUUUAGUCAGUCUCAAAACUGCUACAGUGCAUCGCUGUUGAAAGAUCAGACUGUGUUAACAAAUAUGCGAGAAACGAGAGAGGGAAUGUGAGUUUGUCGCUAUAAGCUAUAGCCUAUAGGUGUGCGUACGUACGCGUGUGUGACGUGUUAGCAAUGCUGGAUGAACCGAUGGGAUCAUGGGAGUGUCUUGUCUACCCGGUACUAGUGUAACCGCUGCGGCUGUAUAACUGGUGAGGAAGGCCGCGCACACACACAGCUGUGUCAUUCGCAAGUGGUUGGCAGUAGCUGAGUCUGACCAAUUCUGACAGUAGCUACGUGUGUCCGCCUGACAAAGGGUGUUGUCUAAUCUGUUUACCGAGUCAACUAACACUUUCUAGAGUUCUCGCAGCAUGUUUACUGAUGGUUGACUAUGAGAUGACCUACAUGGGUGUGCGCAUUAGAGUGUACCUUCGCACUGGAUUUCACUAGUGACCUGUACGGGCUGUGCUUUGGACUGAACUUGGAGGCGAGAUAUUUUGAUCGCUUAUUGCACAUCAUGGCUGGGUUCUUCACCAAAGUUUUCGGCGGACAAAAGCAGGACAAGCGUAAGUCGACGUCGUCCGAGCAGGAGCUUGAAAGGGGAGAUGUCCCGCCGUCUCCUCUCUCCCCUCAGCAGAGGAAUGUGUCCUUUCUCGCAGAGGAACCGCAAUCUCCCUCUGCUGUGAGCCUGAAAGAGGACACUGCUGAGCUCACGACAGAGGGUCCAGGGUUGUCCUCCUCAAUGGCAGAAGAAGAGGAAAAGGAGGAGAAAGAUGGGUUGAGUGAGGAGGCGGUGUUUGGAGGGGGAAAAGAAGAGGAAGAGGAAGAGUGCAAAGAUAGCUUUCUGGAAAUGUCAGACCUGGACAUGAUGCUGGAUGAAGCUCUUGUCAAGGAAGAUGACAGUACGACUCAGGGAAGUGACAGCAUCGUCAGCAAUGUCAAGGUCAAAACCGUGUCUUCACCAAAGCCUGUCACCAAACACAAGGAGAGCCCAGCAUUAAGUCCCCUGGGAUCACCGGAGAAACAAGAGAGCAGCUUUCUGUCAAAGGUGUUUGGUAGCCGCAAGCACAAAGAUAGGAAGUCAAAGAAACGGUCCAAAGCUGAGAAGCAGAAGAAAAAGAAAGAUGUCCCUGAGUUGCCAGUGGAUGAGGUAUUGCAUACAGAUGAGGAGGAAAAACUUCCAGAAACUGCAGAAAAGAUUAGCCAUGAAACCAUUGAAGGUAGAGACACUAACGAUGAGGAGGCAGUUGAGGGAACAGAUGACACGACAUCAAUAAACAUGGAAUUCUUUCCUAGCGAAGUACUCCUCGAUCUAAUAUCUCCAUCUCCUACUUCAUUUGCCGAUAUUCCUACUAGUGAUGAUGUGCAUCCGCAACAGGAGAAGGAGGAGAGUGAGUUAAGUGAACAGAGCAAGAAUGAGGACCUACAAUCAUAUGGAGGCCCAGUGACCGAUGGCGCAUUACCAAUGACAACACCACCUGGCAUUGUUAAAGAGGUGGGAGAAGGAGAGACAGAAGGUGCUGACGACAGUGUGGUGAAUACAUUGCCAGUUUCCCAUGAUGUUAACGAUGUUACAACUGGGAGCAUCGAUUCUAGUGAACAGGGCAGAAAAUUGGUUGAAUUACUGGAGAGGGUGGAAGCAGAAACUGAAAAAGAAAGCAUAACAGAACAAGAGCAUGCGUCUCCUGCGUCCGAUGAUAGCGAGAAACCAGCUGAGCAGCUGAGUCCAGUUGAGAUCACAGAGGUUGAUGAGGAAGAAAAUGGAGUCAGUUUCCACACACCUCCAGAGGAGGUUGUGCUAUCUGAUGAUGACAGGACGGAGCGGAAAGAAACUGUGGCUGAUGAUGGAGAAGCUCAUGCAGUUAUGGGAGUAACAGCCAGUGAUGCAGUUGAGGUGGCUGUUGCUCCUCGGCCCGACACCGAAGUAACAACACUUAGUGAUGAAGUCACCAGUGAAGAUGACCGGAAUGCUUCGCAAGAAACCAGCGAGACGUCGACGUCGCCGGGGAUCGAAGACGUCACCAGCAUGGACGCAGAGCGAAAAUUGGAUGACAAAACCUACGACUCAUCACCGGCUGACGUACACCGUAGCGAAUCACGUACCGAAGAUAUCGCUGAUGUGUCGUCAGCAGUCGAGUUGCAAGACACCGAUCGUGUUUCUGCUUCUGUGUUCCAAAAGACCGCAGAAGAUUCCUCAGUUGAAGAGGAAUGUGCUAGUCAUCAACAUCAUCCAGAAGAAGUCAUCCUAGAGGAAGAAAUUGUCAAACCUUCUUCAGUUUUGGCUGUCACAUCAGGAGAAUCUGGUCAAACGCAGCUUGUAGCAACAGCGGAAGGGACCUGUGAGCCCACAUCGCUGUCUGCUGACGAUGAAACUGUAAGAGAUAGUGGAACAAGCCAGCAGGCAAGCGAUGAAAUAACCGCAUUCGCCUCAACUGGGAAUGAAGAGAUUGAAUGUUCGAUGGCCGAUGCCCCUGCAGAGAGUGUAUCUGCGCAGCAAACUGCAGAUACGUGUGAAAACAAUUCCGAGAUGGAUCCUGACUAUGAUGUUGUGAGUGCUGUUAUUGAGCAGAAUAAGCGCAGACUUCAUCAAGCAUCGAUACAUAUGAAAGAUGAUGAGAUAGGGGAUGAAUUUGAAAGAGCCGUGGGAAAACCUGAGGCGGAACAGCGACUGGCAGCAAAACGUGCGGCUAGAUCUGAAGCUAGAAAGAUACGGCUGAAAGAAGUGGAGCGCCAGCAAGCAGAGGCAGAGGCAAAAGAAUACAGGCGACCGGAAGUGACCGUUGAACCAACAUCGAAGAGCUAUGGCGCAGCAAGGGCUGGAUCAGCUUCAUCCAUCACCAGCGUGGGCAGAAGGGGAAGUGAUAGCAGUGAGUCGGAUAACAGGGAACGUAAGAGGGAACUUCAUGAAAUGGAGGAAAAGUUUAAAAAGGUGAUGAUAACGAAUUCGCAGCUUGACAAUGAGAAAUCAACACUAAUGUACAAGUUAGAUCUUCUGAAGGAUGACCUUGAGAUGUCGGAGGAAACCAAAUGCCAGUUGGAGAGAGAGCUGAAGGACAAGUGCCAUGAAUGUGACUUCCAGAAGAGAGACCUAGAUGCAGCACAAAGCCAGGCAAAGAAUCUCAAAGAGCAAGUUACUACACUUGUCAGGCUAAUUGAGGAGCAAGGCCUUUGCAUACUAGGAGCCGGUGAUUCUCUACAGCUGGUGGAGAUUGAGCACAACCUCACUGAGGACGCGAAGCCUGUGGCUCUCCUGACGCAGGAAUCAGCACAACUGCUACACCUGACUGGUGAAGGCUCGUUAGAUGUCAGACUUAAAAAAUUUGCCGAGGAGAAGAAGGACUUAGAAGAUAGAGUGCGCCGCCUGAAAAUGCAACUGGAAGAAGAGAGACAGCGUAGCGAUGAUGCUAUGACGAAAAUACGCAGUGCUGCUGCCUCCCAGAAUGGUCCUGAAGAUGAGAGAGAAAAACGUGAAUCGAGCAGAGAAGGAAGUGACUUUAGGAUAAAGCUAAUGAAAGCUGAACAAGAAAUUGCUGCCUUACAAUCUAGUAUGGGUCGUUUAGAAAGGGAUGCAAAGAGGGCUGAGGCACUAGCAAAGGAUGCUGAGAAGGAAGCUGAUGACUUAAAGGCCGAGAAGAGAAAGAUGCAACGAGAGAUACGGGAACAACGGACUAGGGUAGAGGAAUUGGAUACAGAAAAGGGACACCUUCAGAAACGGUUGGACAAGUUAAGAAAGGAGAGAAUAAGCGCAAUGGCAAGCGUAUGAGCCACCCCUUUUUUUGAAGGCAGGAUCUAUCCCUAUGCCUAGGAACUGCAUGUCAUCUGCGAAAGAACUUUCCAAACAGAGCCCCUCACUAAAGAGGGUGACCAUUAUGUGUAAGUUAUUAUUUCUGACGAGCAGAAAUUGGGGUCCUAUUAAUUAAUAAAGACUCGGUGAUGAUUGGAAACGUUCUGAGUCAAAAUAAAUUAUAAGUUAUUACUUUUUAUGAUAACCUGCAUGAGCAGGCCUCUGGCUUGACGAAAAAUGUUGCACCUCGCAAAUUCUCGACUGUAUAGCUCUAGCUUGAUUGAUGCAAGUUAUACUGUCAACAGCUGAAUUGAUGCUGCCAGAAAGACAGUCAGCUUGUUGAACGUGAGUAACUGCGAUAACGGCUUGCCUGAUGCAAGUGAUAAUAGUACCAGUUUGCUAGGUACUGGGAAUUGUGGCUUACCUUCUUAGUUUCAAGCUUGCUUGCUGUGAGAUGCAGUGCUGGGUAUAUACUGUAUAUGCAUGCUGUUAGCAUUGCUGUAAGAGCAUGCGUUUUCCUCAGCUCCUUCCUAGCGUAAUUUGUAUACCUAUCUCAGGUUAACGUAGGUAACUAGAUGUGCCUGGGCAUGGUGACCAAUUGCCUGAUUAAACUGACCAAGUUGGGCUAUGUACUUGUGUAGAAAUGCUGCAUAUGUUACACUGGUUGUAGUUUACCAGUUAGCACUUUCUAGCAUCUAUAAUCAAUCUUGUACUUAGAGCUGUAUGACCGAAUCACUAUGUUAGAUGGUAAGUGGUGAUAAAAACGAUGAUAAGCCUUAACUUCAAGAUAUAUCCUUUUUUAUUCUCUGCUAUUAGCUUUACCAAACAAUGAUCCAUUUGCUUAUUUUGUGCUUGUUUCUGAAUAAUGUUGCCAUUUUGCCUUUCCCUGAUGAACCCAUUCUACGAUUUCUCAAAUGUCAUGUGAUCUUAUUUUCUUAUUUAAAUUUGAUCAUUUAUAGCGCUGUACGUGUUAUCAUAGACAUAAGUUCUUGCUCUACAAUUGUUUGUGAUUCUGCCCUUUUCACAGACAUACGGCUUCUUGUAUGAAAUAACCUUACAUUUUAUCAUACAAAAUACCCUCUGCUGUGAACUUAGUGGCAGUAUAGCGUUGUAUAUAUAAAGUAUACUUUUUAAUAAUGAUUUAGCAUAUGAUACCACUGUGUACAGUUUUAUACAAAGAAGAUAUCCUAAUUUCUCUAUAGCUAAAUUGUUACAGUGACGGUAAAAAUAGAUGCAGAUAUGGAUGCCUGUCAAGCUGUAGGGCAUAAGAGCUGUAUAUCGCGUCACUGCUUGAAUACGCGACCUGUGAGCCAUACUCUCCACACGGUGACAGACAAUACACCGAUGAUGGAACGGCUACUAUGACAAUGUCUCACUCUGGCACUAUAUAGCAGACAUGACAGAGGCAGGUUUCCAUCUCUUAUCCUGCAGCAGAACCCAGGGGAAGCUUCUCAUUAGCUCUCACUCCCCACAUACGAUGUAAUCUGACCGUCUCUGACAGCAAGCGGUGACCUAGCAACGGUUGCUGAUGAAAACAGCAUGCUUUGUUUGUAGGCUGACAAUUGGUUUACGAUAUGUAGCUGUGUUACUGUGGUUGUUGCCAAAUAUCAAGUUGGAAAUCCCACCUUGAAUCGAGUCUAAUGAAAUGUGUAUAAAAUGAGCUACUUUCACGUAGCGUGUUUAUAUAGACAACAAAUGAGUACAAUAAAUUGGUGCAAACACCAAGUGCUGUCAAAA